UAAUAAUCCAACUCCAGAUUUUGUCUUCAGGAUGAAUCACCAGUCAGCAGAACGAUCAUCAUAGCCAGUUCAAGCCAUGCGACUACAGACAGUUUGGGAAUGUUCCGGGCUCUCACGUCUGACAUGCAUACACCAUCAGCAAUAACCCCGCCACCAAUCUACCACUCCUGAAGCCGACUUCUCCGCCUCGGCCUUGUUUCUAAAUUGGCCCGUCAUCAUACCUAUCAGAUCCUCUGAUGUCAUGUAUGAAAAAGCUCCUAAAUCACCGCCAAGAACAAUAAACCCCAUCCUCUCUUAGAAAACGAUUAUCUCAAGCGGCAGGGAGGGGAAGAGGCCCGGGCCGCACCAACAAAACAAUGGCCUUCUUCCUCCGCCACCUGACAGACCCAACCUCUAUCGCCCAAGAACCAUCCCUAAGCAAAGUCAUCCAACACGUCCGGGAAACCGCCGUAUGUCUCGCCGUGCUCGGCCAAGUGGACCACGGCACCGGUCUGCUGACGAUCCUCCACGCGCACGGCAUCCCGCCGUUUGACCUCCGGGAAUUCGGGCCCGAGGUGUUCACGGAGGACUUUGCCCGGUGCUGGACCCUCGGCAAGGGAUGCGACGACAACGACAAUGGAACUGGCACGUAUUAUGAGGUCCCUGUCAACCCGCCUCGCGCGGACCCGUUUACGCGGAUUGUAUUUGCCUUCGCGUGGGAACAUGUCGGGCGGUGGCCGAGGUGGGCUACGCCUGUUCCGGAGUCCUUUUCUUCUUCUUCCUCCUCCUACGGCGACGAAGCGGGACAACGGCACUCUCAUCCGUCCUCGGGCACAGGGAUAGAGGCGGCACCGUCUCAACACAGCAACGACGAGGACGACGGGCGUGAUACGGCGCUCGACGCCAUAGAGCGCUACGCCCGCACUCUAGUCUGCAACCGCUUCGCGCCGCCCUGGCGGGAAGACGAAGAAACCUACGAACUCGCCCGCGAGCUGGCGCUGGGGCAAGACAACCGAGCAAACCCGCACGGCCCGAUCCCGAUGCGUCUGGCCGGGUUCUGGGGUCUCUGGGAGCGCAUGCUGGCGCCGUGGCAGAUGAACCAGGUCGUCAAGGCCACGGGGCGGGUGUUGGCGCUUGAUCUCUCUGUGAGGUUGUUUCGUGACGCGGUGGAUGAUGGGGAAUCGAGUAGUGAUGGUGGUAGUAGCAGUGUGGAAGAGAAUCAGUAUCAACCCGAGGAAGAGAUCGUCGACGAUGGAUUUCUUCCAGAUGAGGCCGAAGAGGAUGAAGAAAGGGACAGUGACAGCUGUGAGAGCAGCACCCACGCAAGUAACGAAGAGGAAGAGAGCGCCAUCGAGUUAUGGGGAAGAACCAUAGCGACCCUCCACACGGCGCAGGACCAGAUGCCCAUGCUGGGCAGUAUGCGCGAACUCUGGCGUUACGGCUGGUUCACCGAUCCCUCGAAGAACGCCCUCGUAAAGCACCUAGACACCGACCUCGACCACGUCCGCGAAGCCGCAGACGCCGGGCGUGAGAUGCUCAGACGGCGACUGGAGCGCGGGCCGACCCGGCCGUACGAGGGGUACACCAUCGCCGAGCUGGCGCGUGCAAUCGACGAGAAUACGCGGUCCUGCGCGCCGUAUGCCCCCGACGAACUGCGCCGGCGAGAUGAUAUGCUCGUCGAGCGGACGAUUGUUGGGCCAGUGGAACUUGACAAAGAUAAGAUCUUUCGUCCUGAGACAUUAUUUCGCUAUCCGGUCCCCUCGCACCAGGAGAUUCAGGAUCUUGAGAAGAGGCUGGAGCUCAGCGCCCCGUUGCCGGAUCAGUACAAGGCCUUCUUCCGCGUCACGGACGGGAUGAGACCGGUGUGGUGGAAUACAUCACAGCACCUCCGUAUCCUGGCGCCGCUGUCCAAGGUCACUGUCCAAGACGACGAGCUUCCGGCCAGCAUGCAGCUCGAGCUGCUGCCAUCCCGGGGUCUCGCUGACAGCACAUGUGUCACAUGGCCCCUCCUCAGACGAGUAAUCUGCAUCAGCGAGAGCGGGUACGAAGGGGACCUCUGGCUCGUGGAGCCGAAAUACGUAUCCGAGGCCAAGGACGCCUUCUUCCAGGUCUACGAUCACGCCUCGGCCCAGGAUCGACGGUUGCUCCGCAGGGAAGUAGAAGAAGUAUACGGCAGCAUUGACGGGUUCCGUAAGUUGGAGUGGGGUCUGUUGAUGUGGACGUCGUGGUUCACGGAGAUGGUUCCCUACAGGGAUCUGAACGCAUUGAUGGAUGAGUUAGCGAGGGGAAGUCGGCGGACGGUGAAGGAAUGGACGUUACAUUUUGACCCGAGCACGAGGAAGCUGGAUGCAAGGUUGUACAAGACGGCGAGCGCGUUAGAUCCGGACAAGGAGGUGGAGAAUGUGGAUGAUGGGAAAGGGAAUCUGGUGCUUUCUGCGCCGGGGACGAUGGCGAUGGGGCCGUUGUUGUAUCCGGAGAAUGCAAUGACCACGCCCAUGGUCGAUCGUUAAAUCUAGAUAUUCACGGUCAGGGCAGUACAGACUAUGGAUAUCGAACUUGAUGUUUCAAGUGACACAUCGGCUGACUAGUCCCGAG